AUGUUCUCGGCCGUGUUUUCUGACGAACUGGGUGAAGAUUACAAUGGGGCCCUGUCUGUGGUAGCGUCCAGGCGGCUUCUCCGUGAACAAGCAGCCCUCCAUCGGGAAGGCUUGGAAUUGCAGGGUGUUUUUCACCACUUCGAUGAAGCCAACCCCCACAAGGCUGCUGCCGUGGUGCUGGGCCCGGAUGAGACGCCGUAUGCCCGCUGCCCUUUUUUGUUCGAGUUCACCUUUCCGAACACUUAUCCUAUGAAACCUCCUCAUGCCAAGCUUUUGACUCGGGACGGGCGGGUGAGAUUUAAUCCGAACCUAUACGUGAAUGGGAAGGUUUGCCUUUCCAUCCUGGGUACUUGGGCUGGGCCUUCUUGGACGUCACUCAGUACAUUUCGAACUGUUUUGAUUUCGAUUCAAUCCCUCCUUUGUUCCAAUCCACUACAGAACGAGCCGGGGCACGAGCAUGAGACGAGCAGUGACUGUGAUUUGUAUGCAGCAAUGGUACGCUAUGAGAGCGUGGCUAUUGCAGCGCUGCAAGUGGGCAAAACUUUACCACCUUGCUUCGAGCCAUUGCGAGCACUCCUUGGUGGCAUCUUCCUGUGCAACUAUUCAGUCUACUGUGAGAUGCUCGCAGGGUUCGUCACAUGUGAGGGCCGCUUGGACAGGCGAAACUUCCGCGAUUCCAUUGGUCCUGGGCUGCCUCGCAGUCAUGAGUUGUACAGGCAGUUGUCGCAGAAGCACGCCGGAGCUUUGAACGAUGCCUUCUUCCACUAUCAGAAACGGCUUUUCGAGGCAAGACGAAGCGCAUUUUGA